UGAAUCACAUUUAAUUCUAGUGUCAGCAAAUGAUGAUACAACUUCUACACUACAUUCAACAGAAAGCUGUACAGGCCAUGAGAUAUCCUCAGUGGAAAGUGAACCAACAAUCAUGUCAUCAUCAACUUCUCCAGAACGCAACUCUUUACCUGAAACAGAUGUUAUUGUAGGGCCAGCAAAUGAUGAUAUAAUCUCUAUGGUACAUUCGACAGAAACCUGUACAGGUCAUGAGUUAUCCACAUUGGAAAGUGAACCAAGAACCACUUCAGCGUCAACUUUUAUGGAGAGAACCUCAGUACCUGAAUCAGAUAUUAUUCUUAGUGCAGCAGAUGAUGAAACAACCUCUACAGUACAUUUACCAGAAAGCGGCACAGGUACCGAGAUAUCCACAACGGAAAGGGAACCAAGAACGACAACAGGGUCAUCUUUGGCAGAAACAACCUCACUACCUGAAACAAAUAUUAAUCUCAUUGCAACAAAUGAUGAAAUGUCUACAGUACAUUUGACAGAAAGCUGCACUGGUACUGAGAUAUAUACAAUGGAAAGUGAACCAAGAACUACUCUAGCAUCAACUUCUCGAGAAACAACCUCACUUCCUGAAUCGGAUCUUAUUAUCGGGGUAGUAAAGUAUGAAACUACGUCUACUGUACAUUUAACAGAAAACUGCACAGGUGCCGAGAUAUCUACAAGUGAAUCAGAAAGAUCUUUAUCAGCCUCAGCUUCUCCAGAAACAACCUCUUUACCUAAAUCAGAUCUUAUUCUAGGGGCAGCAGAUGAUGAACCAACCUCUACAGUACAUUCAACAGAAACCUGUACAGGUACAGAGAUAUCUACAAUGGAAAGUGAGCCAAGAACCACAUCAGGAUCAUCUUUGGCAGAAGCAACCUCACUACCUGAAUCAGAUAUUAAUCUUACUGCAGCAAAUGAUGAAACAACUUCUACAGUACAUUCCACAGAAAACUGCACUGGUACCGAGAUAUCGACAACUGAAUCUGAAACAAGAACCACGUCAGCUUCUGCAGAAACACCCUCUCAAGGUGAAACAGAUAUAAUUUUAGGGGCAGCAAAUGAUGAACCAACCUCUACAGCACAUUCACCAGUAAGCUGUACAGGCCAUGAGAUCUCCACAAUGGAAAGUGAGCCAAGAACCACUUCUCGACAAACAACCUCUUUACAUGAAUCAGAUAUAAUUCUAGUAACAGCAAUGUAUGAAACAACUUCUACAGUACAUUCAACAGAAAGCUGUACAGAUACCGAGAUAUCUACAUCUGAAUCUGAAACAAGAACCAUGUCAACAUCAACUUAUAAGGAGAGAACCUCAGUGCCUGAAUCAGAUAUUAUUUUUAGUGAAACAGAUGAUGAAACAACCUCUACAGUACAUUCACCAGAAAGCAGUACAGGUCAUGAGAUAUCCUCAGUGCAAAGUGAACCUAGAACCACAUCAGCAUCAACUUUUGCAGAAGCAACCUCACCACCUGAAUCAGAUUUAAUUCUAGUGUCAGGAAAUGAUGAUAUAACUUCUACACUACAUUCAACAGAAAGCUGUACAGGCCAUGAGAUAUCGUCAGUGGAAAGUGAACCAACAAUCACGUCAUCAUCAACUUCUCCAGAACCCAACUCUUUACCUGAAACAGAUGUUAUUGUAGGGCCAGCAAAUGAUGCUAUAAUCUCUACGGUACAUUCAACAGAAAGCUGUACAGGUCAUGAGAUAUCCACAUUGGAAAGUGAGCCAAGAACCACUUCUCGAGAAACAACCUCUAUACGCGAAACAGAUAUAAUUCUAGCAACAGCAAUGUAUGAAACCACCUCUACAGUACAUUCACCAGAAAGUGGUACAGGUCAUGAGAUAUCCUCAGUGCAUAGUGAACCAAGAACCACAUCAGCAUCAACUUCUCCAGUAACCACCUCUUUGCGUGAAACAGAUCUUAUUCUAGGGUCAGCAAAGUAUGAAACAACCUCAACAGUACAUUCAACAGAAAGCUGUACAGGUACCGAGAUGUCUACAUCUGAAUCUGAACCAAGAUCAACAUCAGCAUCAACUUAUAAGGAAAGAACCUCAAAAGCUGUACAGGUCAUGAGAUAUCCACAUUGGAAAGUGAGCCAAGAACCACUUCUCGAGAAACAACCUCUAUACGCGAAACAGAUAUAA